AUGCACCUAGUGACGGUCGGAUGGUAUUCACAAGCCGUGAUUCAACACCAGUGCCAGCAGAACCCGGUACCACCCACUCGAAGAGGCAAUAUGCUACGACAAGUGUUGAGCUCCCGCCAAACCGAUGUGAGUCAAUGUCCUCAAAGCAAGUGUUUCAAGAAAGUGGCAGAAGGAAGCGGCAAUGCAUUGUCUGUCGUUGUGCACGAGUAUGUCGAGAGGCCGUUUACGUGUCCGCAGAGUACCUGGACGUGCUGGGAUAAAUUCCACCGAUUCUAUCUUCCGAACGGGCUCUUUAGCGAGAAAGGAAACGUGCGCAGGUCAUCCGAUCUAGCUAAGUUGAAGAUGCUGUACGUGAGCAGUGCUGGUGACAGUGCAGGCGCCGAUCACCAACCGAAUUUCGUUGCUAGACAAACUUUUGAAUGA